CCCCCCCCCUCAUAUCUCUCUCUCUCUCUCUCUCUCUCUCUCUCUCUCUCUCUCUCUCUCUCUGUGCCUGUUUCUCUGUGCCUCCCCUCCUCUCAACCUCUUGGCGCCAGCAUCACAAGAAGAUAAUAAGGUGCAGGUGACAUAGCUCGAGGAAGAGGAGUAGGUGGAGAAGGAGAAGGAGACGGAGGAGGAGGAGGAGGGGGGAGAAAGAGGAAGGGGAGGAGGAGGUGGAGGAAGAGCACUGAGGGGGUACACACCCAACCACAGACCUGCCACGAAGCAUUGUGUAUGUGUAUGUGUAUCUGUACGAGUAUGUGUGCGGACAAAGAAAUAGUCCAUAUUAUCCUGGGAAUGUCCAACAGCCUCGCAAACGAUCCAAAGAGAGCAAACCCGAAUAUGAGGCUGACAGACAAAAUCUGAAGCUUUCUUAACUGACGGUGAGAGAAAAAGAAAGGAGAAGCGAAGAGGGUCCUGAGCCACCAAAUUCCCCUCACCGAGUGGAGAGGUUCCCUUCUGGGGGAAGGGGAAUCGGUGAGUUGGUCGGGUGCCGAAGAAGCGUCGCAAGAAGUAGUAGUAAGGUCGAGUAUCUCCUCUGUCGGUCAUGUCAGAGUAAUUGAGAGUGACAUCCGCAGGGCAGUGCCAACCCUGUGCCCCGCCACGUCUUCUCUGCCUCGCUCCUUCUCAAGUCAGUCUUGAAACUAAAGAUAGUCAGGAACAAACCACACAAAAUUAUACUCUUUUUCUCACCACUCCGCGUUCGAGGAAUAUCCGUUUAUUCAUGAUCAUUGAUUCGGGCAGCGUGCAACAAAAGUGCUUUUCGUAUAUCAUGUGGAAUAGUUGUGCGAAGAAUUCUCGUGUCAAAUUAUCAGAUGUCUCAUCUAAUCAUGAUCACUUACGCCCUUGCAAGAAUGUGAGUUCAACGUGAAGAAUACUAAUAAUAGUUCUUUCCGAAUUAAUUUCUAAAAACCAUAACUCCUUUAGCGAAGCUAAAGUUCAAGUUUAGUGAAAUCGACUUGGAAAAAUUCCCUGCAAAAUGUUCUAGUUGUGUUCUGGUUGAAUUUCAGGCUAAAAAUAUACUACGGAGAGAAUGAAUCAAUGAAUGAAUGAUUGAAUGAGUGAAUGACACCUACUAUCAAGCAAUAUUAAAAAAGCGUCACUAGUUCAUUAUGAUGAGUUAUAACGUCGCCGGGACCACCGGCAGCGAGAUCGGUUACCUGGACAAAAUGAGUCCCGGUUCGCCCACCGGGGAACACAAGCGGUUCACAGUCAGCCACCUCUUGGACCUGCCGGACCUGGUCAGACUGCCCCCACAAACUUCGGCCGCCUUCGGCCACGACAUCGCCGCUCUUCACGCCCACCAGGCGCACGACCUCUCCACUCUACAGCAGCUGCAGGGCAGUGCUCACUUCUACCACAACGCUCGCCCUCCGCUGCUCACCCAUCACCACCACCAAGGACAACCCCACCAACAGCAACAGCAACAGCAACAGCAGCAGGUAACGGCUGCACUACAGCAACAAGCGGUGGACUGUACAGCAGCUCAGCAACAUCUCCAUAACCAACAGAAACAGCAUCAGCAGCAGCAGCAGCAGCAACAACAACAGCUGCAUCACCAGCAGCAGCAGCAGCAGCAGCAACAAGCCCAAAAUCAACAUGUGAUAACCUCCCAAGGCCGAGUGCAGCAGCAGCAGCAGCAGCAGCAGCAGCAACAACAACAACAGCAACCACAACACAGGCAACCUGGACAAAGCGUCGGUCCAGACAAGACGUCCAGCCCCAAUGUCCCCAAAACCGAACGAUCGCCAGCAUCCGCCCAAGAUACCGAUAGAAGCGACGAUGAGGAGGCUGACGGCCGGAAGAAGAAACCCAGGAGAAACCGUACCACCUUCACAUCUGUUCAACUGACGGCACUCGAGAAGGUGUUCGAGAGAACCCACUACCCGGAUGCCUUCGUCAGGGAGGAGCUUGCCAAGAGAACCAAUCUCAGUGAAGCAAGAGUUCAGGUAUGGUUUCAAAACAGGCGGGCCAAGUUCAGACGAAAUGAGCGAAGCGUUCUAGCCCAGCGUUCCACAUCUUUCCGUCCAGCUGAUUCAACGCCUUCUAUGGCUCCUACAACAGGCCCGGUAGAGCAACCACUGGCACCCAGGCCUACCGGUAAUACCAGUAUGGCCAUGUGUGACUACAGUGGGUAUGGCAGUGUGGGCGUAGGCAUUGGCAUGGGAGUUGGAGUGGGCCCUUGGAAAGGAUCAACUGGCGCUGUGGGAACAACUACACCGCCGUACUUGUCUCAUUUUCCCCCGACAAGCUCUCCUACGCCCAUGUGCACAUCUUUACCACCCGGCUUGGCUGGGAGCUACGGAAGCACCAUGGCAAAUGCAGGGCAGAUGGGAGGGAGCUACAUGGGGUCUUCCUUAGCCAACCUGCGACUCCGAGCACAUGAAUAUUCUCUACACCAAGGACAAGUAUCUGGGCAAAUGUGAUGACUGUCCUCGACUUGGAGCAGCUGCCAUCCACUUGCAAAACUUUGUCCUUCAAAGGUGUUAUGCCACGAAUAAAAAGUGCCUGGAAAAUAAGCAGUGUUUUUGCAGUAACUAAUGAAUAAGCGUGUCUACAACUUGAAAACUAAACCAACGACAUACUGAUGUGUUGAAUAUGUGUUUAUGUUACGAUCUGAAAAAGUAUACAGGUGAAUUUUCAUUUAAAUACCCAGGCAUCAAACACUGUUUAGACAAGAACUUGGGUAUGUGCCUAAGCUGUGUUCUUCAAGUUUUAGCUAACCAAUUCUCUCACAUUGUGCACAACACAGGUAUUUAAGCAAGCACAUCAUCAACGCAGCUGUAACAAGUAAAAUAACAAUUGACAUGAAGGUGUGAUCAAAUUCAGGAUAAAAUUCCUUUCAAAAAAAAGGACAAAACUAAGAAAUUACAAAAAUGAAAAGAAGUAAGUGUACAUAAAAAUAAUUAACAAUGCAUUGUCCAAAAAAAUCAGUGCCUAUGUGGAGUAAGACGUUUUCAAGACUAAACGGUAUUAAGGAAAAAUAUGUAUAGUAUUAGAUUCUUAUCAGAUGUUAAUUUUCCCAUCAUAUUCUUAUAUUUGAUUAGGAAUAAAUACGAGUGACUAUGCUUGCGUGCAGUGA